AUGAACUUUUCCAUCCCUGAAAACCUAGAUUUUCAGCAGUACUGCUUUGAAAAACAUGGAUCAAUCGAAAAUCUAAUCGAUAAAGCCAAGAAAGGCGAAAUCGUUGCCCAAGCAGAUCUGGGAAUAGCCUACUCGGAAGGUUUUGGCGAUCUUUUGCCAAAAGACGAAGAUAAAGCGAUUGGGUGGCUCAACGCUGCUGUAGAAAGAGGUUACGAACUUCCUGCAAUCCUUGAAAAACUUGGAGAAUUGCUAGAUCUGAAAGGAACGACACUAUGUCAGCGGAAGGCUUACGAAAUGUAUCACAGGGCCGCGAAAUUGGGAUCUACAAAUGCACAAAUCAAUCUCGCGGAAAUGUACCGGUAUGGGGUCGAAGGAGUCGUGAACGAAGACCUCAAAGAAGCAUUUAAAUGGUAUAAGAUGGCGGCUGAUGAAGAUGACGGUUGUCACGAAGGCGAUACGUUCCGUAGGUGGUUUGCUGGGACGAUGAAAAUACUAGGGAACGCCCUUGGUGGUACAAAGCUGACUGCUCUAAAGCUAUUGAGCAAGUACUACCGCGAAGGUGAUUGCCCUGAAGGCCAACCACAACCAGCUAAGGCUAUUUAUUAUCUGACAAGAGCGGCUGAAUUAGGCGAUGUUGAGGCACAGUUAGAGCUAGGACAGACCUAUCUAACCGGUAAUGGGACGAUGAAGGAUAUCACAAAGGCAAGGCGAUGGCUAGGAAAAGCCUCUGCCAGUGGUGAUAUCAGAGCAAAACAGGUAAGCUUGGAUUGUAUUGGGCCUGUUUAGAUGAAGGAGGGGGGAGGGUGUGCCUGGGAGUACCAACCUUCCAUAUCAUUCUUUAGAAAAUGCCACCCUUCUGGAUAGACUGCCCUACUGCUUUUUACAUAUUACAUGGUGUUGUCAACACAAGGAGAGAAAAAUUUCUUAUCUCAAAGUGGCGAUGUAAUGUUCUAUUAAUUUUGUUUACUUUUCUUGCCAAAGGUGCUAUUUAUUAUGUAGCCAUAGCAACAGUGAUCUUUUCACAUGUGAAGAUACAGUCAUGUAUCUUGUUUUUGGGUAAAAGCUCACCCAGUAUUUCACUGGUGGUUAUAUAACAGUAACCAUUAUUUUUCAUUCAAAAUAUUUCACCAUUUCUGAUGGCUCCAUUUCCCCAGCUAAUUUUUCAUAACCAACCUGCCCUGACCAAAUUUGGAAGAUGUGAGCAAUAUAUCAUUCAUUUGAUAGUAACUUGAUUUGAAAUGAGGUUGCUAGAUGGUAUAUUUGACUGAAAACGAGGCUGCAUGAGCAGUAUACCCUCUAUUAAUUUCAUUUUCAGGCUAGGAUGUUAACUUCCUCUGCCUUCAGCCUCGGUGGAUAGCAUCCUCCUCAAUGUAAAUAAUUCUUCUCUUCUCAGCCUCAUCCAUUAAUGUAUUGCUAAUUAUUUAUUACACCUAUGAAUUGUACUCUGUGGUAUCUGCUGAACAGAAAAACAGUAGGCCUGAAUGCAUCAAUGCUGUGAGAGAAUUGAAGUUCAGGGAAUAGAAAGGCCUUAUCAAUGAAGCUGAUGGGUGGAAACCAAAAAUGUCCUUUUUUUUCCAAGUAGAAUGAAACUCAUUGUUGAAGUUUACAACUUUUUAGCAACCAAUUAGGGGGAUUUUUGCUGGGCAUUUGCUAGGCUUGCGGAGUGAGAAUUUCAUCAAGUUUUCCUGUCAAAGUCACAUUUUUUUGUGUUUUUUUUUUCAUAAGUUUAUGUUGCAAUAUGUUGUCUAAAUUGCACUUACUGUAAAUGACAUAAUAGAUGCCCUGGGUAUCUAAUUUUUGAGGUCCAAGCUGGGGUGUUUUAUAGAUGGUAGGCAUUUAAAAGAGAGAGGCAUUUGUUCUCACUGUAACUCGAGCAAGCUCAACAAAACUAAUAAGCUAUUAAUUACCAGUAGUAAUUAGUAAUUAGCAAGUAUUGCUUCCAGCAAAAAUAUCAAAAGAGUUUAAAAAUAGUGGAAUAUCCACUCCAUCAUUUGACACAUCUAGGUUGUCUUCUCAGAUCCAUAUUGCUCUUUCAAAUCCAACAUCGAUGUCAGAAUCCUUGCUUAAGGUCAUUGUGUUGCCAUCGUUAGUCUAUCCUUGCUUUGAACUUGACAUUGAACAAGAUGAAACACGCAUUUGCAUUGUUAAUCAAGCAAGAAAUUGAAUUAAUUGAAUAAUUUUCCUCCUUUUUGCUAAUUGUGCUAGUAUAUUGGAGCAAUUCUCAUAGGGGGCGUCUACAGUGUCUUAGAAAGGGGCGUCUACCGGCAAUACAAUUUUAACAGCCUUGAGGGGCUAUUUUAUUAGAUAAGAGGUGUUUAUUUUGGAGUGGGCAUCUAUAAGAUCAUUUAUGGUAAAUACCACAACACUUGCUCUUUAGCACAAUCCUGUCUGUUAUCUCAUUUUGAUUUGCUUUGGCUCAUCAGCUUUUCCAGUUUUAAUUGUUGAGGUUGUUUGCGAACGAUUAAACAGAGUAAAAAUAAAUAAAUCGAAGAACUUGUUACAUGUGUUGAACCACGAACAGUCCUACUACAAAGUGAUGGAGUUCUCCUAGUCUUAGUUGUUAAACUUUAGUAUCUCCUCUUUGUCUAGCAGAGAUGUGAGAAAAAUUUACAUCCUUUUGUAAUUCCUCAGCCUGUUGCAUUUUCCGAGGAAAUGCUGAGGAAAUUUGAUUCGUACCCAACAGGAAGAAUAUACCUUCAAGCCUUUAUACUUGCAAAGAAAGGAUUUGAAGUCCUUUAUGGGAGUAACUUUACAGAUGGAAGAGGAAUUUCCUUCUUAGCUCGUGGCUUCCUGACUGAGAGCUCUAUACUACAAGCUUUUCCAAUUGUGCGUGCAGUAUUGCCUCAGAUCUUUCAACUUUGUGAAAGAGAGUUGCAAAAAAAUCCUUGUUUCUUUGAAGGCCUUGUUAUAUCUUUUGCCUUACAGCCAGUUGUGGAACAGUUCUCUUUUGAAAGUGACAAUCUUGACCUCAAGAAAGUAAUGUGCAUUAAUAACUUGAUUCAUCUAAUCCAAGAAGCUGAACCUAACAGAAUUCCUGCUGAAGAUCCCUUUAAGUUUGAUGAAGACUACGGUAGCUGGCUUCAUGUUUUGUAUGCACUUUUGGGAGGACUUUUGAUUGUUGCAGAAACCUUUGAGAAGGCAGCGGAAGCUUUUGAGCACUCUCUUGAAUGUUGCCCAUCUUAUUUUGACUCUAAAAGAGGGCUUGGAUAUUGUUUGAUGAAGUUACAUGAUUCUUAUGUGGGCACAAUUACAAAAGAAUUGAGUGAGGAAUCUAGUGAAGUUGUAUCAAUGAAAAUCUCAAAAUAUGAGUCUUGGACCCAAAAAGAAUUGAGAGACGGGGCAGAGAAGAUAUUAAAGGAGUAUCUAGCUGAGGCCCCUACUUGCUGGAAGACAUAUCCAAAUGUUUGCUAUUAUCUUGCACAUAUAUUCAAAUAUGACAACCUGAAACAGUUCAGAAAGUACUAUGAACUCGGUCAAGAUACUGAAGAAAGAAGGCUUUCUUUCCUCAACCCAUUAAGACUGCCCCUGAAAGAUGAACUUUUGGCCAUAUACCAACAACAUUCAAAUGCUUCAAUUAGGUGCGGUAAUUCAGCAUGCACUAAGAAAGUUGAGGAGAGCAAGUUGAAAUUCUGUACCCAAUGCAGGAUUACAAAAUACUGCAGCAAGUAAGUAGCGAGUUGUCAAGCUAAGCAUAUUGGCCCUAAUGGACAUUCUCAUUAGGGGACAGCUCUAUUUAUGGCCACUUUCACAAAACCCUGUUUUUCUUAACUCAUACAAACUCUGCAGCCAGCUCCAGUUAUGGACACCUUUUUUUGAGUUCUGAGGGUGUUCGCUUAUGAGAGCUUUCACUGUAUAUUUAAUUAGUAGAAUCCAACUACAGUGUUGCAUGAUAUUGCGAAUUCUGCAAUCUGAUUGGCUGAGAUACGAGGCCCUAAGUGUUCCUUUUCCAUCCAUGACCAUUUCAUCUGGCAUUCCAAGAUUCUUGUUUACUGGAUGUCCUGCCACCAAUACCCUCCUCUUUACAUUGGUGAAACCAGGUGAAGCCCCAGGAGUAGUUUUAGCAAACGCUUUUAAGUAUAUCUUGUGGUUGAAUUUUAUCCUUGGUAAAUAAGUUUUAUUUUCCUUUGUUUUAAACUCAUUAAUUGCCAACGAGCAGCCUCGCAAAGAUGCAAGGCUGCGAGGCGGCAGCCUAAUAAGGCCGUGUGCAACUGUUCCUGGGGCAGAAAAAAUCUCAAAUCGAUGUAACAUAGAGUAAUGUAAGGCAUCACUCAUGACGUAAUGUAGAACAGAGAAUGCAUUAUUUUCGAGCGAACAUGUAAUUAAGAACAGACAAUCCACGAGCCAUGUGCGUGCUUGUGAGUCCCGUGUUCAUCACGCCUUAUUUGCAUUUGCAUUUGCAGCAUAUGCGAAUGGCUGCUCAUUCUCUCGCUUGAAUUUUUCAUUGUAUGCCACUAAGAAAAAUAACAACGCCACAAAAUUUUUUUGUCUUUGAAGCAAUUAAAUAAUUUGGAAGGCUUCAUUGGCACACCAUAAAUUCUUUUAGCUUUAAAAAGAGACCAAAUAUGAGUCUGCAUGUUGAAUGUUCGUGGACUUUAAUAUGAUUUUUCAAGGAUUUUAAGUUUGCUUAUAAGACCACUAAAUUUUAUGCAAAAUGACUUGUGCGCAACUUUGGACAAAAACGCGAACUUCAAUAUUUCGAAAAAUUUGCUAUGUAAGGUCGAGAUUUCAAAUUCUUUAUGCAGUAGAACAGUUUAGUUCACUAUUUUCGAAAGACAAACUUAAAGCAAGGGGCACACAUACACCAAACCCAUGAUCUUUCUUCUCCGUGCAUGUCGUGGGAGAACUGCUGUACAGUUCCCAUUCAACAGCUCCCACAUGUCUUGUGUGGAGCUGGUACUUAAAGGACUCGCCUUAGCAGUAAAGGUUCUUUUACACACGGGUUUUCCCCGUUCAUUGACCGACGGCUAUGCCAUGCUGAUGAGCCCCAAUAAGAGCGAAACAGCUCUCCAUGGCUGCCACUGCCCGUGUGACAUGGCUGUACGCAUGCGGGGGAUAAUGGCCAGGCCGUGGGUUGGUUUAAGUGUGCCCCUUGCUUUAAUUUACUGGUAACUCGUGAUCCACCUUCUCCUCCUGUGGCCUAACCUGUCAACUUUUCGGGUCACAGUAUUGCUGAUGGUUAGGUGCGGGAUAUGGCAACCAACAUCCAAUGGAAGCAGCAUGAACAGUACAGGCUAAAGGACUUAAUUUUAAUUUCAACUUCCAUUACACUGUGACAUGCAUAUAUGUGUGUUCAGUUUAUUUAUCGUCUUAAGAAAAUUGCAUACAUGGUUUCAUGUGCACUGAAGAAGGUUUUUAUAUCUAUUUGCUUUUUAAAGAUGCUAGUGGAGUUACCUUUUACAAUUACGAUUAUUAAUAUUUAUUUUAUAUGUUAAGUAUCUAGAGAUACCAUUGAAUGCUAAUUGUUUACAAACAUUGUGCAAUGUAUACAAAUCUUUUUUCUCUAUUAAGCAGACACUAAAUUUUUGUAUACAACUAAGAGCAACAGAAUAGUGGUGCUUAAUUUACUUUAUAAAGAAAUACUAACUAGCCCUCUUGUUUUUAUUUUAUUUUUUUUUUCAGAGAAUGCCAAAAAGCAGAUUGGAAGAAUCACAAAGCUAAGUGCACUACUGCGAAAAAAAAAAUAGUUAUUCACCUAUAA